AUGACGGAGGCACAUGGAGAUAUGAGCGACAUCUCCAGGCCUGUUAAGCAGGCUCAUCAAGUCCUCAGAAGUGCCGCAAUUUCCAACUCCACACGCAUGGUAGAGAGACAUGCGCUGAAGGAGGUCAUUGAGGAUACGAACCGCCGCUUCUGGGGAUGUGUGAUGCUUCCCAUCACGCUCGCCUUCUUUGGCUUCUACUCUUUGUCUUCCAUUCUGCAUGAGGAUGUGCCAUCCAAGCACAUCACAGAGUUUCCCGUGCGCAAUGUCCUGAACCCACUCUUGGGUGAAGACGAAGAUCCCACCGCAGAAAUGUUGGAUGGUUUGACCACAUCCGCGGAUGUGUGGAACUAUCUGGAAAACGUCUUCAUUCCGUUCUUUCUCCGUGACACUGACAUCUACGGUCGCCAACUUCCCCAGGAAAAGCGAGGCACCUUCCUGCAGUACAACCAGGUGCUCGGUGGCAUAAUCAUGAGCCUUGAACGGGGAUAUCGGCAGCCUUGUGAGGAUCCACUCGUGGAGCACUUGACUUGCUUUCCCCAGGAUACGCUCAACGCAGAGCAGUUCGGGGGCAACAUAUCUGAUCUCUUUGAGCCUGGGAAAAAUGCAUCAUACUGGUAUGGUACGAACGAGUCCCUUCUGGAAUGCCCAGAUGAAGGCUUCGUCACCCCAGAUUGCGCAAAUGUCUCCAAUGCCACAGACAGGCCCGCACGGUCCAUCAACAUCUGGACUCUGGAUCGGCGACUGGCGCCCUUGGGCCAG